AUGGAAAGUAGUCUCAAUCAUUCACACAUAACAGAAACAGACUCACAAAGUGAUGAAACUUUAGUAUCAAUGAUAGUUCAUGAAAAAUGACAAUCUAGAGUUAAGAAAAUAUCAAAAAAUCCCAAUCCUAAUUUCCAACAAUCAUCCUCUAAGUCCAUAAUACACCCCUCUUCCUUCUCCCAGACCUCAAAUGAUUCCUAUAACCCCAUAAAAUGCUCUAUCUGAACACCUCAUUUACUUUUCCCCUCAGGACACCCUAAAAUCCCUCUAUCAAGCAAGCCUUUCUCAAACCUUAAAAGCUGUCGUAGAACAUUCUACAAUGAAGAUGGCAAACCUAGUAAUAAUACUGAUUGCUCAAUGAACUAUCACACGCAGCACGAUUGCUUACGGUGCUCCAAAGUUGAACCAUUCAUCAUCCAGAUCAACAAAAAGUUGAAAAAUCGCAUGCUACAGAAGAAAGCAGCAAGAGCAGAGUAUAACCCGAUCCCACUCAAGACACAGAAGUUCAGAUUUGAGUUCCCUGCAUCUAAGAGAGAGUCAUGGCCAAGUCAACCUAGGAGACCUCAAAGGUCAGGACGAAAAAUAUUAGGAAAUCUUUCCCCUAUUAAGCAUAAUAUGAACAAUACACGUUCAAGCAUGUUUCUAGAACGAAAACCUCAUGUUACUGCAUGCUCUUCUCAAGGAAAUAUCGAAGAAAAGAAGCAAACCAAAAAGAAUAACUCUCGAGUAAAACAAAAGCAAGAAUUUUCUCAUAGAAGAUUGAUAAAGUCUAAUGAAUCUCCAAAUAAAGGAUUAGCAAUAAGCACUAGGGAAUACAUAAAAAUGCACAAGACCCAGAAAGGGUUCAGGAAUACAAAAGUAUCACGAGAAAUGAUACAUGGCUGAUUUGAUCCAGAAAAACUGUAUUCCAAUAAAAUGCCAUUGGAUUCCAAAGGAAAAUUAAGUUCUUUAAAGCUUAACCCAGAUUCACCUUUAAAGGACAAUAGACAUUUGAUGCGAUUUGUACCACAGAAAGUCCUAAAAUCUCCACACUUCAGUAAAUCGAAUCCUCGUAGGGCAGUCUCAAGGAUCAAUAAGAACAACAUGAUUCUCGGGAAUACCGCUAGAGCAUGUAGUGUCCUCUCUGAGAUCUCUCUUAUAUCCAAAAAAAUCAGAGUAAACCCCAAAAGAACCCAAAAGCCCUGUUUCCUUCAAACACAAGUCUCAACUCCCUAAAAGUAACCCCAAAUCAAAGCAAGGAUGCGUCAAAAUCCCCUAUUCCAUUCUCCAAAGACCACCUAAAUCCCCAGUCAGACCUAGACCAACAAAGCGGCGCUCAAAAGUUGACUCAAAGCCAGCACAUAUGAGGAAAAAGGAGUUUUGGAAAUUGGAGAAUGAGAAUGGAGUUUUGAAGGUGAAUAAUGAUGAUUUGGAAGUAGUGCUUGGCCAGGAGUUUUAAGAGGUUUUUGGAUUUUGAAAAUUCAAUGU